AUGGUUCACGCUAACAAACCCAUAAGACAUUCUCAUAUCACUAAACAAGUUCGCAGAAAAUGGUCAGCAAAGGAGAAACUUAUUGUUGUUUAUUAUUAUUAUUGUCAUCACUCUAUUCGAGAAACAGCACGCAGGUUCGAUAUAGAACCCAAGCAAGUAAGAGACUGGAUAAGUAAAAAAUAUCAAUUAAUGGAGGCAUCUCCUUUUGCUGAAAAGCUGCAUCCUGGCAGAAAAGCGAAAUAUCUGGCAAUAGAAGAAGAGCUCAUCUUAUGGAUUAAAGAAAACAGAGAUAAAGCCUGA